AUGGAUUUUCCCAAGACCACUGAGAGUUUGACCUUUGACAUUCUUACCAUUCCAUGCACUCUGAGCAAGACCAUGCUGUUUCAAAUCUUCCAAGCUGUCGAUGACACCAUCAUUUGGACCGCCUUUCUCUUUCUUCAACUUCUCUCUAAGCUUCUUCAGUUCCGCCUUAAUUUCUUGGACGGCUUGGCCGAUUGCAGCGGGUUUGUUCUGGACGUCGUUAAGUGUAAAUUGCCUCGAGGCGUGCGACUUUGGGACCACUUUGGCAAGCUGAGUGGUGAAGAGGAAGGGCGCACGGAUGCGAUAGAGGAACUCGGGAAUGGUCUCGUGCGCCAGCUUGUGGAGAGGGUUCAUCUGCUUGACGGCGACUCGGAGGGCCAGGCAGAAAUCCGCGCAGGUGCGCUUGGUCUGGUGGCCGCUGGUGGAUCCGGCGAGGGUGUGGACGUCCCUGAGCGCGAAGCCGUACUGGAAGAGUGUUGGCGUGGUGGCGUCGCAGUCCACGAUGGAGGGGCAUGA